AUGGAGGUCUACAGCUUGCUCAUUCUCAACAAAGCAGGAGGUCUUAUUUACCAAAGGGACCUCAGUAACAAACUUUCCAAACUUUCAGCCAACGAUUAUCUCGUUUUAGCAGGAACCCUUCAUGGUGCACACGCCAUAGCCACAAGACUCAAGCCAGAUGGGUCCCGCUCGUCACAUGACGACGCCCAUUCCGUCAACAGCAAUAUUCUUGUAUCUGGGAAAGCCCAUUCGCCAAAUGUCAACAAGCUGGGGCUCAGUAACAUCGACACUGAUAUCUUCAGUUUGUACGUUUUCCAAACAUUGACGGGAGUUAAGUUCAUUAUAGUGACGUCGCCAGUAAGAGCUGUCACCGCUCAGGCAGGCACGCCUUCUCCGCUGCAACGUCAAACCGAGGUUGCCAGUAAUAUCUACAAACAGUGCUACCUAUACUACUGCGACUACGUGAUGAAGGAUCCGUUCUACUCCUUGGACAUGCCGAUCAAAAGCGUGAUGUUUGAGCAGAAGGUGCAAACUCUUGCGGGAGCCAGGUAG